CUCCCAAGUCAGUCCGAGAGUGAGCGCUGCCGGCGGCGGUUCGUCUUCAACCUCUCGCCCGGCUGUCGUCGCUCUCCCCCCGGGUUCUCGUCGACGCUCGGUGGCCGUGGCAAGAUGAGCGCGGCGGCGGUCGACGGCUGCUUCCUGUCCGCCCUGCAGCCCAACUCGUCCCGCACCGCCUACGUGGUGCCCUCGGACGCCCGGUGUUCGGACGCCGGGGCCAAGGCGCGCAGGGUCCAGGAGCAGGUUCGCCUCCGCUUGGCCGAGAAGAAGUCGCCGUCGCUGGGGAGGCUGACUGACGACGACGCGCUGCUCGGACCGGCAGGAUGCGAGUACAGCCUCCCCGCCGCGAGAGGCUUCAGCUCCAGAUCGAUGAUCCACGCGCCGAGCCGCAUCAUGGCGGUACCCACGAUGCCUUCCGGCGGCUUCUCGUCUCGCUCGGCGGUGGAGACCUCCUCCAAGGCGCGGGCCAGUGUGGCGCAGAGCAGCUUUCAGACUCACGGCGGCCGCAGCCGCCGCACCAAGUCGCUGUGCCAGGCCGAGGUGCCCGAUUACGGGGCGCCGCCUCCAGACAACACCGUGCCGCCGCACCCGUCCGGCACCCUGAGGCGCACCCUCAGCGGCACCCUGGCCCCCCAGGGACCGCGGUGCGGCUACUGGCCCGAGGAGGAGAUGCCCGUCCACUUCACCUACAAAGGCCCCUCGCACCGCACCAUCAGCCGCAUCGCCAACCGACAGCAGCACGGCGCCGCCUACGGCCAGGACGGCUGGGGGACGAGGGGCGACGGCUGGGGGGCUCACCAGGCGCCGCAGUGGCACGUCCACCGGCCGAGCCACACUUUGGGCUACCGGAGCUCCGUGCAGCACGCCGCCUCCAUGCAGAGGGUGGCGUCCGUUCAGCGCGCCGCAUCCGUGUGCACCGUCCGCAGCGUCGGGAAAGGAUUGGACGUCUUGGACGGAGCGUCCAUUCACAGCAACGACCGACUGGGAGGGAUGGAAGGACUGGACAUGCACACCGCCGUCAGAUACUUGUCCGAACCGGACGCCGCUUUACAGAUUCUGGGCGCCGCCUACAUUCAACACCAGUGUUACCAUAGCAACGAUUCCAAAAACCAGGUCCGCGUUCUCCAAGGCAUCCCGGUUCUGGUUCAGCUUUUCUCCAGCGACAACCUGGAGGUGCAGCGCUUCGCCACGGGCGCCACACGCAACCUCAUCUACGAGAACGCCGACAACAAGGUGGCGCUCAUCGACGCCGGCGGGGUGGCGCGCCUCGUCGCCGUCCUGGGAGAACCGGACGAGGAGCUCCGGAAGAACAUCACAGGCGUGCUGUGGAAUCUGUCGUCCAGAGACAACCUGAAGGAGAAGCUGUGCAGGGAAGCUUUGUCAGAGCUCAGCAGUAAAGUUUUGAUGCCUCUUUGUGCCAGCGUCCCCCUCAGCCCCUCCGAGAAGGACGUCUUCCACAACACCACCGGAUGCCUCAGAAACUUGAGCUCAGUAAACCAGAGGACGAGAGAUAAGAUGCGGGACACGCCAGGUCUGGUGGACUCGCUGGUGUCUUACAUCCAGCAGGACGUCAGCGCUGAUGACAAGGGUUUGGAGAACUCCGUGUGCGUGCUGAGGAAUCUGUCCUACCAGCUGUACUCUGAGCUGCCCCACUCGGUGCGAGUUCGCCUGGAGGGUCCCAGCAGAGGCUCCGCCCCCAGAGACACUGAGGCCAUGGGCUGCUUCCCCAUGUACAGCAAGAAGAACGCAGAGCAUCAGCGCAACCAGAGUCUGGCCAUCCUGGCCGAGGUGUCGCGAGCGCCCCGCGGCGCCGAGUGGCUGUGGCACCCCCGGGCGGUGGCGCUGUACAAGCAGGUCCUCCGCAACGGCGACGGCACCUCGGCCGGCAGGGAGGCGGCCGUCGGGGCGCUGCAGAACCUCACCGCCGGAGACGCCAGGUGGUCGUCGGUGCUGAGCGCGGUGGUCCUGGAGCAGGAGAGGAUGUUGCCCACCCUACUGGACCUGCUGGACACCGACAACGAGGCCGAGCUGCGGGCGCUAACCGCCCUGCUGAGGAACCUGGCCAGACAUGCGCCCAACAAGGACCUCAUUGCCAAGAACGCGGUGAACGUCCUGGUGUCCAAGCUGCCCGCCGACGGCCUUCAGAAGACGCCGUCCGGCGAGGCGGUGGUCAACAUCUGCGGCGCCCUCAAUCACCUGGUCACCUGCAGCUCCCUGGCGGCCCGCGACAUCUCCUACUUCAACGGCCUGCCCAAGCUGGUGGGCAUCAAGACGGCCCACGACAACAGCUCCGGAGGUCUUAAAGCUUCCAGAGCGGCGUCCACGGUCCUCUGCAACAUGUUCCAGUACAGCAAGCUGCACAAAGACUACAAACUGAAAGGAUUUGCACGUCGAGACUUUGCGGACGCCACCAUCUGAAAAAAGGCGACUUCCGUAAACACAAAGUCAGCUAACCGUCCUAACAUGGCCGAAACAGGAAGUGACCGCCUGAGGAGCCGCUCCUCCAAUCGACGUCUUUGUGUCCGUGACGACAUUCUCACUAAUCACUAAAACAUUUUUGAUAGCUACUUCUGACAUGACAAACAGUGCGCAUGCCAGAACACCGGAUGGCGAUGUUUACGGCCCCCUCGAGGGGGGGGUCGCCACCGCAACUAACGUAUGUAGAUGCUACGCUCGUCAAUGACCGUCGCUCAGUAAACACAUGACGGACAUACUGCGUUUACUAAAAAUGAAAAUACAUUUUGUGAUUUAAGGCCCCUUAAGGGCAGUCGCCAUCUUAACUAAUGUUUGUGUUUGACAUUUGGUGAUUUAUGGCCCGCGAUGCGGCUGCCAUUUUAACUAACAGAAACAAAAACAGUAACCGUUUUGUUCAGUGAACUCUAUUGGGUAAUUAAAACGUACACGUUU